GCGUCUUAGUUUUGUGCCACGCUCUUUUUGGGUUAGUUUUUUUUAACCUGUUCAUUUUUUGUUGUUUUUGUCGUUUUAAUUCGAAACGAUGAGCAUCCCGGUGGUCGACUUUAGCAUGGCUAGCCUCAGCGUCGAGGAUAUUUCCAGUGCAAACCUUCACCAACUGAGCAGAGAGUUAAAAGUAGCUUUUAUGGAACUGGGCUUCGUCUUUUUGAAGAACACUGGCAUCACGCAGGAGGAGGUGGAUCAAGUGAUGGAUGCUUCUAGAAGGUUCUUCCUGCAGCCAGAUCAGCUCAAGAGGUUGUUCGUGAGGAAAUCCUUCUCAGUCAAUCCCUACCACGGCUGGGCAGCCAUGGAAACUGAAAGGUUUCAUCCAGAAAAACCGGGAGAUCUAAAAGAGGUGUUUAAUCUGACUUCACUGCAUCCUGACAUAAAAUGGCCCUCAUCUGAGGCGGCCCCGGGAUUCCAGGAGACCCAGAAAACAUUUUUCCACCGCUGCAAAGAGCUGAGCCUGCGCAUUUUGAGGCUGAUGGCCCUCAGUCUGGAUGUGGACCCCGAUAUCUUCCUGAGCGCACACCGCCUGAUUGGAACCGAAGAGAACUGCACGACGCUACGUUCGUCCUACUACCCGCCGGUGAACAGCGAGCAAGCCAAGGAGGGUCAGCUGCGAUGCGGAGAGCAUUCCGACUGGGGGAGCAUCACUUUGCUUUUCCAGAAUGCUGAGGGCCUUCAAGUUCGCCAUCGUUCCCGCGAGUUCGUCUACGUUCCUUGCGUGCCCGGAACCGUUCUCGUCAUCGUCGCCGACAUGAUGCAGCGUUGGACCAGCGACCAUUUGGUCUCUGUGCCCCACAGAGUUUUACUCCCCCCGGCCGGUGACUGCAGUAGCACCCGCCAGUCUCUGGGUUUCUUUCUCCACCCCGACAACGAUGCCGUGGUCAGCUGCAUCGACGGAUCCGACAAGUACCCUCCGUUGCGGCCGAGCGCCUACGUCAAGGAACGCGAAUACAACUCCUAUGUGCGGACGUAAUGCACCCCCACACCCCGCGCACCGUGCCACCAACAAGCAGCUUCAUUUGCUUUACUGCCGCAAGACCAACAUAAUGAGAAGUUAGUUGAAUCCGAUCCGAUCAAUGGGCCGUCCUCCCCACCCUCCGGGCAAACUUUUGAGGCCACGCCUCUUGCAUGCUCUGUGAUUUAGUGCUGCAAUUUUGCAUUGAAUAUCCCCACACAGACUACACCAAUCCAAUUAUUACUGGGUAGACAGAUUUGGUGCCCUAUAAAGAUUGUGAGAUAAUUUUGGGAGGUGGGCGGGGGGGUUGUCUCAGAUUCAAGCUUGUAAUGAAAUUAAAACCGGGAGCAAUCAAAGAAAGCUAUGACCGGAUGUUUCUUCGUGAUUCUUCCUGACAAAGUCCUAAAUACAUACUCAAACAUAUGGAAUAUGUUCAAUGGAAGCAUUGAAUAAAUUUGCAUCCAUUCUAUAAACUGAAAAUUAUUGGCAGGUGAGACCAAAAAACAAAAAAAAAGGCUUUUUGAAACUAUUCUAUAUGGAAUUUUUGAAUUCAUCCAUUCAACGCUGAAUUUGAUACUAUGAUGCAACAUAUUCUGUCAUGUUAAACUUGUUUUACUCAAAUCAUCCCACAUAUAAUGGAUAAUGUUUCAUUACUGGGAAAAAAAUAUUAAAUGGCACAUUUCUCAUUG